AUGGCUUCCGCAGACGAGCUCAAAGCUCUGGGCAACAAGGCCAUUGCCGAAAAGAACUUUGACGACGCCAUCGACAAGUUCACCCAGGCCAUCGCCCUGCAGCCCGACAACCACAUCCUCUACUCCAACCGAUCCGCCGCCUACGCCUCCAAAAAGGACUGGGACAACGCCCUCAAGGACGCCGAGAAGACCACCGAGCUCAAGCCCGACUGGGGCAAGGGCUGGGGGCGCAAAGCCGCCGCCCUCCACGGCAAGGGAGACCUGCUCGGCGCCAACGAUGCCUACGAGACCGGCCUCAAGCACGACCCCAACAAUGCUCAGCUCAAGAGCGGCCUGGCCUCUGUUGAGAAGGCCAUGCAGCAGGAAGCUGGCGCCGGACUCGACCCAACUGGCGGCAUUGGCAAGAUGUUCAAGGACCCCCAGCUGAUUCAGAAGCUCGCCUCCAACCCCAAGACGAGCUCCUUCCUGGCCGACCCCGCCUUCAUGGCCAAGCUGCAGCAGAUCCAGCAGAAUCCUCUCAACUCCCAAGACCUCUUCAGCGACCCCAGGAUGAUCCAGGUGCUGGGCGUCCUGAUGGGCGUCGACAUGGAGAUGCGGGACAGCCCCCCUGAGGGCGCCCAGACGUACAAUGUGUCCGAAGAUACCCCCAUGCCCGACGCUCCCAAGAAGCAGCCCGAGCCCAAGAAGGAGCCCACUCCCGAACCCGAGCCCGAGCUCGACGAAGAGGCUCUCGAGAAGAAGAAGAAGAAGGAAGAGGCCGACAGAGAGAAGGCGCUCGGCACUGAGAACUACAAGAAGCGCAACUUUGACGCCGCCAUCGAGCACUACAGCAAGGCCUGGGAGAUUUACCAGGACAUCACCUACCUGAACAACCUCGGCGCCGCUUACUUCGAGAAGGGCGACUACGACAAGUGUAUCGAGGCCUGCCAGAAGGCCGUCGACGAGGGCCGACAAAUCUAUGCCGACUUCAAGCUCAUCGCCAAGAGUUACGCCCGUAUCGGUACUGCUUACGAAAAGAAGGGCGACCUUGCCCUGGCAGUCGAGAACUACAACAAGUCCUUGACCGAGCACCGAACCCCAGACGUCCUGAACAAGCUCCGCGCUGCCGAGCGAGCCAAGACGGAGGCGGCGAAGAAGGCAUACAUCGACCCCGCCAAGGCCGAGGAGGCCCGUGAGGAGGGUAACAAGAAGUUCAAGGAGAUGGACUUCCCCGGCGCCGUGGCCGCCUAUACUGAGAUGAUCAAGCGAGCUCCCGAUGACCCCAGGGGAUACAGCAACCGUGCCGCCGCAUUCGUCAAGCUGUUUGAGUUCCCCAGCGCCCUGGACGACUGCAACACGGCCAUCAAGAAGGAUCCCACCUUCAUCCGGGCCUACAUCCGAAAGGCGCAGGCUUACUUUGGCAUGCGCAAGUACUCUGACUGCGUGGAUACCUGCGAUGAGGCUCUAAAGGUGGACGCGGAGCACCACAAGGGCGCCAACGCUCGUGAGAUUGAGCAGCAGCAGCAGAAGGCCUUUGCGGCCAUGUACUCAGCCCGUGAGAACGAGACGGAAGAGCAGACAAGGCAGCGGUUGAUGCAGGACCCAGAGAUCAUGGGCAUCAUGCAAGAUCCAGUCAUGCAGGCCAUCCUGCAGCAGGCACAGUCCGACCCCAUGGCGCUGCAAGAGCACAUGAAGAACCCCACCGUGCGGUCCAAGAUCCAAAAGUUGAUUGCGGCGGGUGUCAUUAGAAUCGGCGGUCGGCCAUGA